CGGGUUCUAAGGGGUCGGGCGUUAGCUACGUCAGGGGAAAGGCCAGCUGUGCGAGCUCGGGAGACGGCGAGAAGGGUCCAGUCGACGGAGCGAGGUCGAGCUACAGGCGCGUGCUGCUCUGCGUCGUCGAAAUAGUUGAGGAACGGGUUUCUCGAGGUCGGGCAGUCGUGGACAAAUCCGGGGGUAGAGACUCGGGGGGUGGAACGAGGGCGAAGUACUCACCCUGAAUUACCAGACGCGUGUCAAUGGCGUCGCGAGGACAAGUUGACAAGAUGCUCAAGUGGCCGUGGGAGUGAAUGGCAGGCCUGCUCUUCACGCGCGAUGGGAGAUGCGACGAGAGGAAGUAGCAAUGAUGGCAAGGGAAGAGGAAGGAGGGAAAGGGACAGACGGGGUCAAGAGAGAUCGAGGAGAAGGGAAAUUUUGGGGUGCGACGGCAGAACAAGGAGAGGAAAUUCUGAUGUGCUGUUCUGGCAGCGAGCCUGCUGGGGCGGGCGUGCUGGCUGGUCCUGCAACAAAAGGGGUUUCGAACAGCUAGGCCUAAAGGGGCUAGCACUCCAGGGGUGGGCUCCAGGGGGUCGCUGCUUGGGGGGGAUUGGGGGGGCGCCGGUGCUCUGGAGAAUUAGCGGCAGGGCUGCUAGAAGGCCGCUGGGUGGGCCGCUGCAGCGUCUCGACGGGUACCGGGUGGCUGCCGUUGAUUGGCCGGGGGAGGCUCUGCGGCCAAUCAGCGGGCCGGACGAGGGGAAACGUAGCGGGUGUGCUGGAGGCUGGGAGAUGAGGGAGCUCUCAAAUUAUUAUCACAGAGGAGGAACCUUGUUUGCAAGAGAGUGCCCGGGAGGAAUCCAUCCAUCAGGGAGCGCACACUCUCGGCAGUGCGCGAAUGGGAGAUAGGUUCCUAGCAUGGCUCAGCCGGUCCAGGCACAGAGAGAGAAUUCCUGGCUGCUCUCCUACAAUGC